AUGGACAGUGUGGAGAAAACCCAACAGUCUGUGCCAUCCGUUGUGUUGGACAAGAAAAGGUCGACGCGCACUUCAUGGAAACUGAAAGCCUUCUCCAUCCUUCUCCUCGCUGGUUUUGCAGCUGUGAGGACUUGGAUUUCGCGCACUGUCGAUCCUUUAGGACAAGUACUUGGACAUGUACCGUUGAUUGCCUUAGACGGACACAACGAUUUUCCUAUCUUUAUACGAGCAUUCUACUACAAUCACAUAUAUGGAUCCAACUUUAGCGACGCGAUAGAUCUGGUCGGACAAGUCGACUUUCCCAAAUUGGAGCGGAGUCGCUUGGGGGCUCAAUUUUGGAGUGCGUACGUUGAGUGUCCUCGUGAUGGAGGCGACGCCAGCGACCAGGCGACAUUCUACGAGGCAAUGCACCAAACGCUUCAGCAAAUCGACUUGAUCAAUCGGCUUAUCGAUGCCUAUCCGAAGCGUCUGCAGCGCGCAGCGUCGGCUUCAGAGGUAUGGGCGCAGUUUGCGGAUCCUAAGAGGACCGGCAUUUCCAGCCUCAUGGGUAUUGAGGGCUUGCACCAGGUUGCUAACAGCGCGUCAUUUUUGCGUUUGGUUUACCAGCUGGGUGUUCGCUAUGUGACCUUGACACAUAGCUGCCACAAUGCCUACGCCGAUAGCUGCAGUCCGCAUGAGCCAUUGAACGGCGGUCUCUCGGAGGCAGGACGUGACGUGGUCCUGGAGAUGAACAGGAUCGGCCUCAUGGUCGAUCUGUCGCACACCUCGGUCGCGACACAACGCGACGCCUUCAACGUGUCGCGGGCGCCCGUCGUGUACACCCACUCGUCAGCGCGCGCACUGUGCGAACACCCACGCAAUGUGGCCGACGAAGAGCUUUGGGCACUCAAGGCCAACGGCGGCAUCAUCAUGGUCAACUUCUUCCCCGGCUUUGUCACCUGCAACGCCCAAGCAACGCUCGAGGAUGUUGCCGACCAUAUCAUCUACCUGGGCAAUUUGAUCGGCUUUGAGCACGUCGGUAUCGGCGCCGAUUUCGACGGAAUGGGCUUCGAUAAGGGCCCGGUUGGGCUUGAAGAUGUCGGCACCUAUCCGGCGCUCGUUGCGGAGCUGCUGCGUCGAGGGGUGUCGGUUACCGAGGUGAGAGGCGUCGCUGGGGCCAAUAUCUUGCGUGUAUUAGCGAGAGUCGAAGAGAUAGCACAUGUAAUAGCCAAUCAGCAGCCACUUGAGGAUCAAGUAAAAUCAAUAUUCUAAAUAGAGUAUUUUAUUCUAGUAAUAUGCAGUAGUAGCAGAAUAAUGGUAAAACAUCC